CAGUCCUAGGACACCUGGUGUCGGACGUUCCAAUACGACAUCAAAUGCAUGAGGAUCAACUGGAGCGGAGAGGAUUUAGGCAGAUCGAACUCGCUGGAGGAAGCUUGUUACCUUAUGUGUUUCACGUAACGGGAUUAUCUAAAUUUAAGUAAAAGCUGCAACAAGUGUAGCUACAUUGAUUUAUCGAUGACUAGAGAAGUGGAACUUUGUUGGGAAAGCAAUCAGAAAAAAUAAAAAUAGUUAUGAAGAGAAUAUUUUGGAGCAAAUACCGAAUUCUUUUGUUGCUGCUGGGGAUGACAGCUACCUUAUACAUUCUAUUUCUCUAUUAUUCCAUGUCGAAACUGGAUGCGGUAAACAGUAAUUCCUUUCUAUUAGAAAGAAGAAAUAUUAUUAAAGUGGCACCGUUGGAUGAUAAAAUGCAAGAAAUUCCAGAAAUUUCAGUUGCUUCAAGAGUACAGCACUCAAAAGUUAAAAUAAGAGGUGUAAUUCUUGAUAAAAUGCACCUUUAUUUUCCAACGAAGAACAACACAUUUCAAUGUCUGCAUUCCAAGCAACAGAUUCCAUACCAGCAUUUGAAUGAUGAUUUCUGUGAUUGCAAUGAUAACUCUGAUGAACCUGGAACCUCAGCUUGUCAGUCAUCAAAGUUUUAUUGCACUUUUCAGCUGGAAGGAUUGAAACCUCAGUUUACUUGGUCGAGUCGUGUACAAGAUGGUAUUUGUGAUUGCUGUGAUGGUAGUGAUGAAUGGUCAAAUGAAGUUUUACCUGAUAACAUCCGAAUUAAAGACCCUGCUUUAGGAGGUGCAGUGAUGCAUGCUCCCUGUGCUAAUUGGUGCCUAACAAUUCUUCAGAAAGUUCAUAGAAAGAAAAUGAUGCUACUAGAAGGCCGUAAACAUAAAGCUCCCUAUUUAGCAGCAGCAGCUAAUGUGAAAAACAAAAUGAGCUAUGGUCCUGAAGGUGUGUUUUACAAACUAAGUCUGAAAUGUUUUCAAAUUCAACUUCCUCCUUAUGACUACAAUAUAUGUCCUUUCAAGAAAUGUACUCAGCAAAAGUUUCCACAACCAGUGAUAUCAUUGGGACAGAACCCUGUGUGGGAGAAAAUGAGACUUGGCUCUUAUGUUUUAAAGAUGACAGGAGGUAGUGCUCAGUAUUGCCCAGAAAACAGAGAGCGUCUUUCAAGGAUAACUUUUGAAUGUGGAGUUGUUGAUAAAGUGAAAUCAAUACACGAAGAUGCUUGUGAAUAUUUUAUCAAAUUCAGUACACCUGCUGCAUGCUGAUUUCAAUUAUCAUCAAGCAAAAGUACCUGGGACCAGAACUUCAGUUUUUUUACCUCGUUAUUCAUAUCUACAUUCCAUCAAGAAUUUGAUUAGACUUCAUUUCCUUAUCAUUACAUUUGGCCUAAGGACAAUUUGUUCAGUCAAUAGUCUUUUGUUUUUUUCCUGUGAUUCUUAUGUGCCUGUAAUAUGUAUAAAUAUAAGCUCUACAG